AGAGACUGGAGAGAGUUUGGCUAUAGUUCAAGGAUUUUGUAGGAGGUGCUUGUGAGUAUUGAAGAGUGAAAGGGUGAGUCCAUUUGAGAAAAAAAAUAAAAAUAUGAGAUUUCUUGGAUUCUAUGGUGUGAAGGAGAAGGGGUUACUCUUGCUAAUCUUUUUACUGCAUGUUUGAUAUUUAGAAAUGUGUUUAUUAAGAAAAGAAAAAAAAAGGUAAGGAGAAGGAGCGGAGGAAAAGCAAAAGAAGAGGUCUUUCUCAUACACAGAUCCCUAUGGAAUGCGGGAAGGAUGCCCAGCAUUGCUUGCUGGAACUCAUUCUUUUUGUUUAGUUUAAAGGAACUUGCUUUGUUCUCUUUAGAAAUCUUUUCACAGAGAGAGAGAGAGAGAGAGAGAGAGGGCGGGUGAAUAGGCUCAGGAGUUGGGCUUCGCUUAGAGGGAAGGUUAGAUGUGUUCCAAUGAGUUCUGCAGCUAGAAAACAAAAAACCCAGUUUCAAAAUGGAGGGAAGCAAAGAGAUGUUGGAAUGAUUAGAUUAUUUGUUUCCCAAUGAUUGAGCUGUUGCCUUGCAUCAAGAGAAACUUGCCAAGAAUCUCCCCUUGUAGGUGGAAAGAAGAUGAAGUCCUUGAGUAAUGAUAGCAACAACAACCACAACAAUAGCUGGUUGGGCUUUUCUCUCUCUCCUCAUAUGAACAUGGAUGUUCCUUCAGACCCUCAUCACCAUCAUCAAACACAGCCUCCUCCUACUCUUACAGCUGUUUCUACUCCAGUCUCAACUGGCUUUUUUCCUUCUCCUUCUCACCUUAACUACUCAGGCAUUUACUAUGGGGUUGAAGGAGAAAAUGGUGGCUUCUAUUCUCCCUUGUCUGUGAUGCCACUCAAGUCUGAUGGGUCUCUUUGCAUAAUGGAAGCUCUCAGCAGGUCACAACCGCAAGGGAUGGUGCCAACUUCAACUCCGAAGCUGGAGGACUUCUUUGGUGGUGCAACCAUGGGGACCCAUCACUAUGAAAGCAAUGACAGAGAAGCAAUGGCUCUUAGCUUAGAUAGCAUGUAUUACCAUCAGAACCCUGAGAAUGAGCCCAACAGUCAAAAUUGCCUGAAUCAACUUCAAUCCAACUCCCGGCAGCAGCAGCAGCAGCUAAUUCAACUCCAACAAUACCCAUACGUCUCUGGAUUUAGAAGCCAUGAGAUGUUCCAUACACCACUGGUGGAAGAGACCAAGGAAACCCAGCUUGCAGCAGAUGGCAAUCUCCAGCUCCCAAAUAUGGCAGACACUGGGCUGCCUGGCAUGAAGAACUGGGUUUCCAGGAACUAUCCAACAAAUGAAUCACUGGAGCACAAGAUGAUUGGUUGCAUGAGUGACAAUGGAGGAGAAUCUGGGUCUAUGAGUACAAUGGGGUAUGGGGAUUUACAGUCUCUGAGCUUGUCCAUGAGCCCUGGCUCCCAAUCAAGCUGUGUUACAGGUUCACAACAAAUCUCACCGACUGUGACCGAGUGUGUGGCUAUGGAUACAAAGAAAAGAGGUCCUGACAAAGUGGAUCAGAAGCAAAUUGUUCAUAGGAAAUCCUUAGAUACGUUUGGGCAGAGAACCUCACAGUAUAGAGGUGUCACAAGGCAUAGAUGGACAGGUAGAUAUGAAGCUCAUCUAUGGGACAACAGUUGCAAGAAAGAAGGGCAAAGCAGGAAAGGAAGGCAAGUUUAUCUUGGGGGUUAUGACAUGGAAGAAAAAGCUGCAAGAGCUUAUGAUCUGGCAGCACUUAAGUAUUGGGGACCUUCUACCCAUAUCAAUUUCCCGUUGGAAAAUUAUCAACAAGAACUUGAAAAUAUGAAGAACAUGACCAGACAGGAGUAUGUUGCCCACUUGAGAAGGAAAAGCAGUGGCUUUUCUAGGGGGGCUUCCAUGUAUAGAGGAGUGACAAGCAGACAUCACCAACAUGGACGGUGGCAAGCUCGAAUUGGCAGAGUUGCAGGGAACAAGGACCUUUAUCUUGGGACAUUCAGCACCCAAGAGGAAGCAGCUGAAGCCUAUGACAUUGCUGCAAUAAAAUUCCGUGGGGUAAAUGCCGUAACCAACUUUGAUAUAACAAGGUACGAUGUGGAGCGGAUCAUGGCGAGCAGUAACCUUCUUGCUGGAGAACUUGCUAAGCGAAACAAGGACAUGGAAUCCACCAGUGAGGCUAAGAAUCUCAACCCUUCUGUUCAUACCAGCAGUGGGGAAGCCAUUCUCUCCCAGGAGAACAAUCAAAGUGAAUCAGGAUGGAAAAUGGUGCUCUAUCAGUCUUCUCAACAAUCGAACUCCUGUUUGAAACAGCUUGAUCAGAAGCCACUGAGUUUUGAUCAUUACAGAGCCCCAUCUUUUCCGGUGGCCCCACACAAUCUGAUGGGGAUGGACGCUAUGGGUCCAGCUCAGCAAGAGGCUGAAGACUCGGCCAAGAUGGGGACCCACUUGUCAAAUGCUUCCUCAUUGGUGACUAGCUUGAGCAGCUCAAGAGAAGGUAGCCCUGAUAAAACCAGCCUUCCUAUGCUCUUUGCAAUUCCCCCAUCAGCACCCAAGUUCUUCGCCACUCCAGCAAAUACUGUGAAUUCCUGGAUCCCGUCAGCCCAGCUGAGGCCUGCAAUCCCCAUGCCUCACAUGCCUGUCUUUGCGGCUUGGACUGAUGGCUAAGAAACUUGUGUUUUGGCAAAACUGGUAAAAGUUUUUGCAUUAACAAAACAUGGGUGGAAAGGGAAAGGGAAAGAGAAUGGUUUCAUGUUGGUUUUUUCUGAAUUACUGGUGGAAAUUGGGGGGUUAAUGGGGGUCAAGGGUGGGACCUAUUGUGAACAUGGUUCAAAAUUUUCCAAUCUAUCCUUUUUAGCCGAUCUUAUGAAGAUCUUGAAAGAAAUGGUGGUGGAAACUUUAGAGGGGAUGUUGAUUGAACUCUUAUGAAAUGAUUUCGGCAAUAUGGGAAAGCCCCAAUUCAUAAUUA